AGGAGAGACAGCAAAAGGUGGUUCGUUCAUUAUAAAUAGACCCCCGCGAAAGCCCACGCCGUCGCCUUCUCCCACCCUUCCCCUGCUCUUCCUUCACGGGCUUCUCCUCACUCCCCUCUCGAAGAGUGGAGAAGAAAUCUAGGGCUUCGAAGGCGGCUUUCUCGUGCCCAUCGUUGCUCCUUGUCCCGUGGCUAUUUGUUUGGAGAUCUACGGUUGUUUAUUGACAGGAAGCCGAGGUUCUGAUAGAUUGGUCGCGGCGAUGUCUCGAGUGGAGAAGAUGGCAUCCAUUGAUGCCCACAUGAGGCUUCUCGCCCCCGGGAAGGUCUCCGAGGACGACAAGUUGGUCGAGUACGACGCCCUCCUUUUGGAUCGGUUCCUCGACAUCCUUCAAGAUCUGCAUGGCGAUGAUAUCAGAGAAACGGUUCAAGAUUUGUAUGAGCUGUCUGCUGAAUAUGAAGGGAAGCAUGAUCCUGAGAAGCUGGUGGAGCUGGGGAAUGUGCUGACUAGUUUGGAUGCGGGUGACACAAUUGUGGUCACCAAAUCAUUCUCACACAUGCUUAACUUGGCCAACUUGGCUGAGGAGGUGCAGAUUGCCUAUCGUAGGAGGAUCAAGCUAAAAAAAGGAGAUUUUGCUGAUGAAAAUUCUGCAAUUACUGAAUCUGACAUAGAAGAAACACUCAAGCGUCUCGUGAUGCAGCUAAAGAAAUCCAAAGAAGAGGUUUUUGACGCUCUGAAAAACCAGACAGUCGAUCUGGUUUUGACUGCACAUCCAACUCAGUCAGUCAGAAGAUCCUUGCUUCAGAAGCAUGCCAGGAUAAGGACUUGUUUAACUCAGUUGUAUGCCAAAGAUAUUACCCCUGACGACAAGCAGGAGCUUGAUGAGGCCCUUCAGAGAGAGAUUCAAGCAGCAUUUAGGACUGAUGAAAUCCGAAGAACUCCUCCAACGCCUCAAGAUGAAAUGCGGGCUGGGAUGAGCUAUUUCCAUGAAACCAUAUGGAAGGGUGUCCCUAAAUUCUUACGUCGUGUUGAUACAGCAUUGAAGAACAUUGGGAUAAAUGAACGUGUGCCUUAUAAUGCCCCUCUUAUUCAGUUUUCUUCUUGGAUGGGUGGGGAUCGUGAUGGAAAUCCUAGAGUUACUCCAGAAGUAACAAGAGAUGUAUGCUUGUUGGCUAGAAUGAUGGCUGCAAAUUUGUACUAUUCACAGAUUGAGGAUCUAAUGUUUGAGCUGUCUAUGUGGCGCUGCAAUACAGAACUGCAAGUACGUGCAGAUGAACUACACCGUUCCUCAAAAAAGGAUGCAAAACACUAUAUAGAGUUCUGGAAGCAAGUUCCUUCAAGUGAGCCUUAUCGUGUUAUACUCAGCGGCGUGAGAGAUAAAUUAUACAACACACGUGAGCGCUCCCGCCAUUUACUUUCCAAUGGAUAUUCUGACAUUCCUGAGGAAGCAACUUUCACUGAUGUGGAGGAGUUUUUGGAGCCUCUUGAACUCUGCUAUAGGUCACUCUGUGAUUGUGGUGAUAGGCCUAUUGCUGAUGGUAGCCUUCUUGACUUUUUGCGCCAAGUGUCGACCUUUGGUCUGUCUCUUGUCAGGCUUGAUAUUAGGCAAGAAUCUGACAGGCAUACUGAUGUUAUUGAUGCUAUCACUAAACAUCUGGGAAUCGGUUCCUACCGCGACUGGCCUGAGGAGCAACGCCAGGAAUGGCUGUUGUCUGAACUUAAUGGAAAACGCCCGUUGUUUGGCCCUGACUUACCCAAGACUGAUGAAAUUUCUGACGUGUUAGAUACUCUCCAUGUCAUAGCAGAACUUCCUUCAGACAACUUUGGGGCUUAUAUAAUAUCAAUGGCGACUGCUCCAUCAGAUGUUUUGGCUGUUGAGCUGUUGCAACGUGAGUGCCAUGUGAAAAAGCCAUUGAGAGUCGUCCCAUUGUUUGAAAAACUUGCAGAUCUUGAGGCUGCUCCUGCUGCUUUAGCCCGACUCUUCUCGAUAGAUUGGUACAAGAACAGGAUCUGUGGGAAGCAGGAAGUCAUGAUUGGAUAUUCGGACUCAGGGAAGGAUGCUGGGCGAUUUUCUGCAGCUUGGCAGUUAUAUAAAGCUCAAGAGGAGCUCAUAAAAGUUGCAAAGGAUUAUGGAGUGAAACUGAUGAUGUUUCAUGGGCGUGGGGGAACUGUUGGAAGAGGUGGUGGUCCUACUCAUCUUGCUAUACUAUCUCAGCCACCUGACACAGUUCAUGGGUCUCUUCGGGUUACUGUUCAAGGUGAAGUCAUCGAGCAGUCUUUUGGGGAAGAACAUUUGUGCUUCAGGACACUCCAACGUUUCACAGCUGCUACUCUUGAGCAUGGAAUGCAUCCCCCUAUAUCCCCAAAGCCAGAAUGGCGGGCUUUGAUGGACGAAAUGGCUGUUGUCGCCACAGAGGAAUAUCGAUCUAUUGUCUUCCGAGAACCACGUUUUGUUGAAUAUUUCCGCCUGGCUACACCUGAGCUGGAGUAUGGUAGGAUGAAUAUUGGCAGCAGGCCAUCAAAACGAAAGCCCAGUGGGGGCAUUGAAUCACUACGUGCAAUUCCAUGGAUCUUCGCAUGGACACAAACACGGUUUCACCUACCAGUGUGGCUUGGUUUUGGUGCAGCAUUCAAGCAUGUUAUGCAAAAAGAUAUCAGGAAUCUUCAUACUCUUCAAGAGAUGUACAACAAAUGGCCAUUUUUCAGAGUCACAAUUGAUUUGGUUGAGAUGGUUUUUGCUAAGGGAGAUCCUGGAAUUGCUGCUUUAUAUGAUAAACUGUUGGUUUCUCAAGAUUUGUGGAAAUUUGGGGAGCAACUUAGAGCCAACUAUGAAGAAACAAAGCGCCUUCUUCUUCAGGUUGCUGGUCACAAAGAUCUUUUAGAAGGGGAUCCAUAUCUGAAGCAGAGACUACGCUUGCGUGAUGCCUACAUUACAACUUUGAAUGCCUGCCAAGCUUACACUUUGAAGAGGAUCAGAGACCCUUCCUACCAUGUUAACGUGAGACCUCAUCUCUCAAAGGAGAUAACAGAGUCCAGCAAACCAGCUGCAGAACUGGUGAAGCUUAAUCCAAGCAGCGAAUACGCCCCUGGGUUAGAGGACACCCUCAUCUUAACGAUGAAGGGUAUUGCUGCUGGACUGCAGAACACUGGUUGAAUUAUGUGCUCUGCGUAUCUCCUCAAUAAAGCAUCGCAAACUACUGUUAUUUUAUGUAGCUAAUUUUUGCCAUGGCAGCGUUGCUGCUUUUGUCGGUUCCCGAAGACAGCAACCAGUAGUUCUGAAACACUUUCAGCUUUGCCACCUGAUUACUAAUGGCAAGAAAUAAGCCUUGUUUGGGAAGCUGAUGGCAAA